UACAAUUGUAUUAAUUAAAACACUAACAACAACAAAAAAAUGUUGAAAAUUAUUAGUUUAAUUACAGUAUUGCUGGUGUUAUCGUUAAGUAUAUUACAAUCGGUUAAUGGUAUAGGACCUGGAUCAGCGGGUGCUGCCGGACACGCUGGUCGAGUAGGCUCAGCUGGACAGGCAGGUGGACCCAGACAACCGGGUAAGGAUGGACAAGCGGGUACCGAUGGGACAGAUGGCGGACCCGGUGGUUACGGUUGUCCCGGAGGACCUGGUGGUGCCGGUGGUGUAGGCGGUGCUGGUGGAGCGGGCGGUGCUGGUGGACCAGGCGGAUCGCAACCGGGAGGUGCGGGUGGAUUGGGUGGUAAGGGAGGCCUGGGCGGUAAAGGUGGCGACGCUGCACCCGCUUGUGUUCGGGGACCGGACGGUAUCGAUGGUAUAGCUGGUGUUCCUGGUCCUCAUGGAGCUCCAGGUCCUCCUUAAAUAAUAUUUUUAUU